AGUAUCUUCUAGACUCGUUUCCACAACAUCUUUACAAACUCUCCCACUUUACUCUUAUCUCUCCUCUCCCAAUGGCAACUCUCCAAUCUCACCAUCAUCUCCUUCACUGCUCCUCCUCUUUCCACUCUCCCAAGCUCCACACUUUCCGAGUCCCCACUCUUCUAAAAAACACCUCCUCAAUUUGCAAAAAUAUCGGCGACUUAUCGAAUUCUGGCCAUGGAUUUCACUCGUUUUGUUGCUUUUAUCGAAGAAGUUCUGAAAUUGAGACGCUUUCGGAGGACGAAGAGAUCGAGCGCCCGCCUUUCGAUAUCAAUCUCGCUGUUAUUCUUGCCGGUUUUGCUUUCGAAGCCUAUAUUAGUCCGCCUGAGAAUGCGGCUAAGCGAGAAGUGGAUGCAGCAGGUUGUCAAACACUUUUUCUUUCAGAAUCUUUUCUCCGUGAGAUAUAUGAUGGUCAGUUGAUUAUAAAGCUAAAGAAAGGCUCUAAUUUUCCUGCCCUGGAUCCUUGGGGAACGAGUGAUCCAUAUGUUGUCAUCCAACUAGAAAGUCAGGUGGUAAAGAGCAAUGUCAAAUGGGGGACAAGGGAACCAACAUGGAAUGAAGAACUUAUUGUAAACAUCAAGCUGCCCCCAAACAAUAGAAAUCUCCAGGUUGCAGCUUGGGAUGCAAAUCUUGUAGCUCCACAUAAGCGCAUGGGGAAUGCUGAAAUUAGCUUGGAGUGCUUUUGUGAUGGAAAUGCACAUGAAGUGAUGGUUGAUUUGGAAGGAAUGGGAGGUGGUGGCAAGGUUCAACUGGAGGUCAAGUAUCGGAGUUUUGAUGAUGUAAUAGAAGACGAAAACUGGUGGAGUAUUCCCCUUGUCACCGAAUUUCUUCGAAAAGGUGGUUUUGACUCCGCUUUGAGAAAUGCUGUUGGCUCAGAUUCUGUGCAAGCACGUCAAUUCGUGCAGAAUGUAUUUGGUCAGUUAAAGUCUCUUAACUUACCAGAUAACUUGGACAAACUUCGAACAGAAAGUAACGAAACAUCUGAAAAUUCUAUUAUUGACCACAACAUGCCUCCACAACUGGAGUCUAGAUCAGAGUUACCAGAAGAUGGCACAAGCUAUAAGGAAGAUAACAGUAUACCAAAGCCCCACCCUGAUAGUGUUGAUAUUGGAAAUGAGCAACCUGCUUCAAUUGUUUCGCUAGAUAAUGAGGCCUCCUUACAGUCAGACAGAGAUUUUUGGAUGAAUCUGUCUAACACUGUUAAUGAAAAUGUCGUUCAGAAACUUGGACUUACUAUUCCUGAGAACAUGAAAUGGGAAAAGUUUGAACUCCUAGACAUUGUGAAUGAAAAUAUCAUUCAGAAACUCGGACUUCCUAUUCCUGAAAAUAUGAAGUGGGAUAGGUUUGAACUGCUAGAUCUUAUAGGCCUACAGUCCCAAAAAAUUGCAGAAACAGCUUACGUAGAAUCUGGACUUGCAACUGCACAAGGCCAGGAUGCUUCUGAGAGUAAUGCUAUAACUGGCCAUCUAACUAUGAAAGAUGUGCAGUCCUCAUUACUUGACAUCAAGAAGAUGACCCAAGAUGUAUUAUCCCAAACUGACUCCAUUUUAGGUGGGCUGAUGGUUCUUAAUGCCACGGCAGCUGAAAUAGACAGUGAAGCACAACUUUCAAAAGAGGCUAAUACAGAAAACGAUGAGUCUACCAAAGUAGAUAAUUCUGAGCACUCCAAGGAAGAAAACGUAUCAGGUCCUCUGGAUGCACCAAUAUUGGAUGAGGAAAGAGCUGCGGAGAUGAAAGAACUCUUUUCAACCGCAGAAAGUGCUAUGGAGGCAUGGGCAUUGCUAGCAACUUCAUUGGGCCACUCUAGUUUUGUUAAAUCUGAGUUUGAGAAGAUAUGUUUCUUAGAUAACGAGGGAACAGAUACUCAGGUUGCAAUUUGGCGUGAUUCUAGUCGAAAAAGAUUAGUAAUUGCUUUCAGAGGAACCGAACAAGUAAGGUGGAAAGACUUGCGGACAGAUUUAAUGCUAGUUCCUACAGGGCUCAAUCCGGAAAGGAUAGGUGGUGAUUUUAAGAAAGAAGUUCAAGUUCACAGUGGAUUUUUGAGUGCAUAUGACUCAGUCAGGACAAGGAUCUUAUCUCUUAUCAAAUUGGUAACGGGCGACAUCGAUGACAGCGGUGAACAGCUUUCCAAAUGGCAUGUUUACGUGACUGGUCAUAGUUUAGGUGGUGCAUUAGCUACCCUCCUUGCUCUUGAGUUAUCUUCCAGUCAAUUAGCGAAGCGUGGUAAUAUUUCCGUGACUAUGUAUAAUUUUGGAUCACCAAGAGUUGGGAACAGAAAUUUUGCGGACUUAUAUAACCAGAAAGUCAAAGACAGUUGGAGACUUAUAAAUCGUAGAGAUAUCAUACCUACAAUCCCACGUUUAAUGGGUUAUUGCCAUGUCGCGCAACCUAUAUAUCUUUCGACUGGAUAUAUGAAAAGUGCAUUGGAAAAUUUGGAGCCCGUGGAAGAUGGUUAUGAAGCUGAUGUUCUUGGCGAGUCAACGCCUGAUGCCCUUGUUAAUGAAUUUAUUAAAGGCGAGAAGGAACUUCUUGAUAAAAUUUUGAGCACAGAAAUCAAUAUUUUCCGGUCAAUUAGGGAUGGGACUGCAGUUAUGCAGCAUAUGGAAGAUUUUUAUUACAUUACUUUGCUAGAGCAUGUGAGGUCAAAUUACCAGACUGUUGCUAGCUCAAAACCAAGUGAAGAAGAUGUUAAUUCGAAGCUCUUAAAUGGACGGUGACCUUUAACGACUCCAUGGAAGCUGGAUUUAAUAAACCUGUCGACAUGUGGUUGAACAAAUUGUACAACGAACAAGGUACCU